CCCCUUUCAUUGACAAUUGAAAUCAGUACGUGUCAGAUUACGAUUUUAUUUGUUAAUGUUUUAUUAAAUAUUGCAUUCUGUAAUUUGUUUUUACCGCUUAUUGUCAUCAACACAUCUAAUCAAGAUGACGAUGGCAGAGCAGCCUUGCUAUACGCUCAUCAAUUUUCCAACUGAUUCAGAGCCUUCAAAUGAAAUGCAAUUAAAAUUGGAUCUUGAAUAUGGAGACACGAAAACCAAAAUUGAAGCUCUGAAACGAACAAUCCACAUGAUUGCCAACGGCGAAAGACUGCCAAACCUGUUGAUGAUAAUUAUCAGGUUUGUGCUGCCGUUGCAGGAUCACACCAUCAAAAAACUGCUGUUGAUUUUCUGGGAAAUUGUACCUAAAACAACACCCGAUGGAAAACUGUUGCAGGAAAUGAUUCUUGUCUGCGAUGCUUACAGAAAGGAUCUACAACACCCCAACGAAUUUCUUCGAGGAUCCACUCUGCGAUUCUUAUGCAAACUGAAGGAGCCUGAACUUUUGGAGCCUCUGAUGCCAGCUAUACGCACCUGUUUGGAACACAGGCACUCCUAUGUUCGUCGCAACGCUGUGCUUGCUAUCUAUACUAUCUACAGGAACUUCGAGUUCCUGAUCCCGGACGCCCCGGAGCUGAUCGCCAACUUCCUGGAGGGCGAGCAGGACAUGUCGUGCAAGCGCAAUGCCUUCCUCAUGCUGCUGCAUGCAGACCAGGACCGGGCCCUCAACUACCUCGCCUCCUGUCUCGAUCAGGUCAACUCGUUCGGCGACAUCCUACAGCUGGUUAUUGUCGAACUCAUCUAUAAGGUGUGCCACGCUAACCCGACCGAGCGUUCGCGUUUCAUCCGCUGCAUCUACAAUCUGCUGAACUCUAGCAGUGCCGCUGUGAGGUAUGAGGCAGCCGGUACGUUGGUAACACUGAGCAGUGCUCCCACUGCCAUCAAGGCAGCCGCUUCCUGCUACAUCGAUCUCAUUGUCAAGGAAAGCGACAACAAUGUAAAACUGAUUGUUUUGGAUCGUUUGAUAGCUCUUAAGGAGCACCCGGCUCACGAAAGAGUCCUACAGGAUUUGGUGAUGGAUGUACUGCGUGUGCUAGCUAGUCCCGACCUGGAAGUCAGGAAGAAGACGCUGAAUUUAGCCAUGGAACUGGUUUCAUCGCGUAACAUUGAAGAGAUGGUGCUUGUUCUAAAGAAGGAGGUUUCGAAAACUCACAAUGUUGGUGAACAUGAAGACACUGGAAAGUAUCGACAGCUGUUGGUUAGAACUUUGCAUUCCUGCUGCAUUAAGUUUCCAGACGUGGCUGCAGCAGUUAUCCCAGUUCUGAUGGAAUUCUUGUCGGACACCAAUGAAAUGGCCGCCUCUGAUGUGUUGGUAUUUGUGAGGGAAGCUAUCCAGAAGUUUGAUCCGUUGAGACCACAAAUCAUUGAAUGCCUGCUAGAAUCGUUUGCAACUAUAAAGUCGGUGAAAGUACACCGAGCUGCUCUGUGGAUAUUGGGAGAGUAUACCACUUCGGCUGAGGAUAUACAGGCUGUUAUGGUACAGAUUCGGCAAACUCUUGGAGAGAUUCCGAUAGUUGAUGACGAGCUGAGAAAGGCGAGUGGCGAGAAAGGAGAAGAAGAAUCAGGUUUGAGUGGGGGAUCCACCGCUGGCCCCAAGCUUGUCACUUCCGAUGGAACAUACGCCUCGCAGUCAGCUUUCAAUACCACUCUGACAUCAAAGAAAGGCGAGGCAGCCCGCCCGCCGUUGCGGCAAUACCUGAUGGAUGGCGACUUCUUCAUAGGCGCCGCCCUAGGCACCACCCUGGCCAAGCUGGCCCUACGCCACAUGGCACUCGUUGCCGACCCUGUGCGACAGAACCGCUUCAACUCCGAAGCCAUGCUCAUUAUCACCUCUAUACUCAAUCUGGGCAGAUCUGGUUUGCCGAGCAAAGCGAUGACAAACGACGACGGCGAUCGGCUGCUGGUGUGCUUGCGCGUGCUUGCGACACCCGACUGCCCGCUGGUCAGCCAAAUAUUCACCCACAACUGUCGCGAGGCCCUUUCAGCCAUGCUUGCUGCCAACACUGAGGAGGACGCUAACACUCAGAAGGCCAAAGAAAAACCAGGCCUCCGCGUCCAGGCAGACGACCCAAUCGCCUUCCUGCAGUUGUCAUCUCGCGGUGGAGAGGGGGGCGCUGGGACAGGGGCCGCUGAGAACGUGUUCGAAGCCAGCCUCAGCCAGGCGGUGAUCGGGGGUGCAGGGGGCACGGGAGCAGGGGGCAUUCUGAUGGGGACCCCCCAUCCGCUCGCAUCCACCAAACUCAACAAGGUCACUCAGUUGACCGGAUUCUCCGACCCGGUCUAUGCCGAAGCCUAUGUGCAUGUCAACCAGUACGAUAUUGUGUUGGAUGUGCUGAUCGUCAAUCAGACUGGCGAUACCCUGCAAAACUGCACACUGGAAUUGGCCACCCUGGGUGACCUAAAGCUGGUGGAGAAACCGCAGCCAUGUGUGUUGGCGCCUCAUGACUUCUGCAACAUAAAGGCCAAUGUCAAAGUCGCCUCCACCGAGAACGGCAUCAUUUUCGGCAACAUCGUGUACGACGUGAGCGGGGCGGCUUCAGACCGUGUGGUGGUGGUGCUGAAUGACAUCCACAUCGACAUCAUGGAUUACAUCGUGCCAGCCACAUGCACCGACACUGAAUUCAGGCAGAUGUGGGCCGAGUUCGAAUGGGAAAACAAGGUCUCAGUGAACACAAAACUGACCGACCUUCACGAGUACCUACAACACCUGUUGCGCAGCACCAACAUGAAAUGCCUGACACCAAUGAAGGCACUGUCGGGCCAGUGCGGCUUCAUGGCUGCCAACAUGUACGCGCGCUCCAUCUUCGGCGAGGAUGCGUUGGCCAACCUGAGCAUCGAGAAGCCGCUGAGUAGCCGCCCUGACGCCCCCGUUCAGGGCCACAUCCGCAUCAGGGCCAAGAGUCAGGGCAUGGCCCUCAGUCUCGGUGACAAGAUCAAUAUCACACAGGCUAGUGGCGCGGGUGACAAGUCUCAGUAGAACGGGUCCGAAUUUCGAGAUGUAAUCAAGCUAAUUGUGAAUCUACUAAAGAUUAUAUAGAUUGAUUUCUAAAUGUUGAGAAAUAUUCAAUUUUUCACUGAUAUAUAGAUUGCUUUACUAGAGAAAGUUGAGUAAAUUGUUUAUUGGUAGUUACUGAGUGCCGGUUGCACAAAAGCCGGUUAAAUUUUAACCGUGAUUAAUUCCACGAGAACCAAUCAGAGAAGCCGUGUUUUCUGAAAGGCCUUCUCCGAUUGGUUUAGUGAAAUUAAUCACGGUUAAAAUUUAACCGGCUUUUGAGAACCAGAGAGGUAUUUUCUUAAAGGCCUUCUCUGAUUGGUUUCGUGAAAUUAAUCACGGUUAAAAUUUAACCGGCUUUUGAGAACCAAUCAGAGAGGUAUCUUCUAAAAGCUCUGAUUGGUUUAGUUAAAUUAAUCACGGUUAAAAUUUAACCGGCUUUGUGCAACCGGGCAUCAGUGUUGUAUGACAAGUCUUAGUAGAAUGGUUCCGAUAUGGAUGGAUGUUGAGGAAUUUUCAAAUUACUUGUGAAGGGGAGAUAAAUAUCGAGAAAUAUUCAAUUUUCUUCUUUAAUAUACUUUGAUUUAUUAUAAAUGAUGUAGAUUGAUUUAUUUAGGACCGGUUUCCGAGCUCGGGAUUUAGCUAAGUUCUAGACUUUGAAUAGCUGGAGUCAGAAAAUUGACUUUCCGAGACGGGGCAUAGUCGUAGCCCACGUUUAAAUUAAAUUUCGAAAAACUAGAAAGUUGAACACAAAAUAAAAGAAAGAGAAAAUAGUGUAAAGUUUCAGAUAUUUUGAAUUACUUUGUAAUGUUUCAUUUCGUCAAGGUAAAACGUUUCCAAUUAUAGAAAUAAUAAUAAUAAUUUCUCUGGUUGCCAAUGAAUUGCAACCAGAGGAGUUUAUUGACAAAACAUUUAUACAUAAUUGUUAUAUUAUACAUACAAAAUUGCUAAUACUAAACUUAGUUCUAAUUAUGAUACCCCACUAUAAUAAUAUGUGUCGGGGUGAUCAUAAUAUUCUUUUCUAGAACAUGUAUAAAAAAUGUAAUUAGUAAUUUUAGUUAUAAAGGUUUGUUAGUUAUUAAAUGAGAAAAUGAAGAUUAUCAUAAAAACUACGACCAUGCCCCGUUUCGGAAAGCAAAUUUUCUGACUCCAGCUGUUUAAAGUCUAGAACUUGGCUAAAUCCUAAGCUCGGAAACUGACCCUUACUAGAGAAAGUUGAGUAAAUUGUUUAUUGGUAGUUACUCGAUGUUGUAUGCAUCAUAAAAUAAUAGCUGGAUUUAAAGCUCUGUACAGACUUAUACCAUAGAGAAACAAUAGCAUAACUAGAUAUCCCAUGGUAUAAGGCGUAUAUGUCGCAACGUUUACUGUUUCAAGCCCAUGUGCUCAUGUAAUUCUUUCCCUUGAAGCUGUGUGACACUGGUAGUCUCUCAUACUGUGCCGUUCAUACACUCUCACCCCAACAAAACAGUAAAAUUCGACAAUAGUCAACAGUAAUCGGCUUGAGAUAACAGUAAAGGUUGCGACAUAAACGCUCUAUAUCAUGGGAUAUCUACUCACGCUAUUGUUUCUCUAUGCUUAUACGCCACGAAAACACGCCAUACGAUUUUCAUCAGCUGAAGAUAUGCUUAUUUCAUAAGUGUAUUCAGCAUAUAAAUACACUAUUAGUUCUGUGAACAGUAGUCCUCA